ACACGUUGUCUUUCUGUGUGUCUGUGCUUGUCUCUGCGCAGCGCCAUGAAGGCCAGCCACCCGCAGAUCAUGACGUUCUACUUUGCAGCAGAGAGCAUCGAGGAGAUGAACAAGUGGUUGAAUAAACUAGGCCUGGCUGCAAUCCACUAUGAGCCAUUAGAAAAAAAUAAUGGAGAGUGUUGGAGUGAAGAAAGUGAUCAUGAAGAAGCGGAGAUCACAGAGAUGCCACCCCCUCCCUAUUCAGCGCACAUCACACCCGAUUCAGAGACCCUCCCUCCUCCCUAUUCCUCAAAUCCUCCCAGCGAGGCCACCGGCUCUCUCUCUUCUCCGGCCAGCACCAUGGCAUCACAGAGGUCUGCUGCCUCCCUGUCCAAGCUCGCAGUCAGAGACGCCCAGUCCCACCGGGAGGUGGUCCCCAGCCCUGUUUCCGAGGCUCCGGUGUCUUUGACCUGCUCUGCGCAGAUUCACUCGGAGCACCCGCCCCCCGCCUGCAGCGAGGAGGAGACGGGGAGCUCGUUAGACGAAAGCCGGGAGAGCACUUCAGAUGAAAUGGAAAAGUUGUACAUCCACCUGAAACAGGCCAGCCUGUCUCCAAUCGGAGAGCGCAAACCGUCGACCAAAAAGGACUUUCGGAAAUCAUUCAUCAAGCGUUCCAGAAAUCAGGAUGUCAAUGAGAAACUGCAUCACGUCAGGAGCCUGAACAGCACUCUGAAGGCCAAAGAAGCAGACCUGAUUACCAUCGAGGUACUGUUACAAGACCCCAGCCUGACAGCGGAGAAGUACAGAAAAUGGAGGGAAACAAACAUAUUGUUGCUUCAGGAGAUCUGCCAGCACCGCCCUCUUCAGAAUAGCAAAGAGGAACAAACUACAUCGCCUGAGCAGCCUCGUCCCUGCACGGAGACGAACGUCUGACCCGGUCGCCUACUGGAAACGCUGCUGUCCGUACACAGAUCGCUCGGAUGCGGCAGCCUCUCACCAGCGCCCUCUUUGGUUGAAAAGAAUAACUGCGGGCUGUCUUUCCGAAACGGAGCUCCGGCAAGUUACCCACCCAGCCCUGAAACCUUUUUUUUUUAUUCCAAAUACUAAAGAAAAAGGAACGCUUCAUUAUUAGUAAGUUAAUUUUGGUGUGGACUUUCUCAGACUUAUUUCUUUUGUUUUUAAUUAUUGAUGUGCGAGAUGCAGUGGGGGAAGAAACAUUGGAAACGACUACAAGCUGGGAAUGGACAAUUUCUUGACUUUGACCUAAACUAACCCUGAUGCGUGCCUUUGUUUGUUUGUUUGUUUGUUUUAAACAAAUCAUACAAAUUGUGGUUUUUAUCUCGGCUUUCUCCCUUUUAAAAGGUUUUGUUCUGUCUUGCAUUCCUCACCUCAACCCCUUCCCCUUCCAGCCAGUAUGUAUUUCUCAUGCCUGGGAUUAGUGGGUAGAGGUCAUCUUUAAAAUAAAGUUGUUGUGGAUAUUGUUCCUCUUUAUGAGAUCUGAAAAUUGUUUCUUAACACCUUUAUGCUAUAUUAUAAAAUUCUAUAUAGUUUAACAGAUGCACUACUUAGAUAAUAUACUUGAAAAUAUUUGGAUUCCUAGUCCCUCGAGCACAAAUGUCAACACUACUGAAUGCCAGAGAAUAUCAGAGAGAAUUGCCAACAAUUACAAAAGCAGGGCUCUGUAUCGCUGAGUCAGUGUUUUGGAACAUUUGUCUGUUACUCCUAUGUGCAUGUGAAAUCAAUCUCUUGUUUUUGCAAAUACAAGUCAGGGGAAAUUAUGGGAACGGUGCAAGGUGGGGCACCUUUAUAUGAAAGUAUUUUAUGGCAAGAAAUAGUUUAAUAUUUUUAAAACUGUAAAUACAUAGAUGUCUUUGUACAUAUGCAAGUGUAAAGAUAAUAUGUAAACUUCUUUUAUUAUUGCCCUGUAAGUAUGCUUUUACUACCGCGUGUUUGAAACAUAGAGCUUUUAUGUCAGCUAAAACAAUAAACAGAGAAAUGCAAUUGUCUAA